AUGGCGAAAUCACUAUCAGCACUUCUGGCGCAAGCUUCUAUUGAGGAUCACGAAGAAACCCUACGAGCCGCCAACGCCGAGAUCAAGAAGAACAAGAGCAAUGUAGAUGCUCAGCACGCGAAAGCGGUUGCGCUGCUGCAUCUAGACGACUUUGAGGGCGCACUUAAGGUUUUCGACGACGUGAAGGAGCUGCAGCAGAAGGCGCAAUUCGAGUACGCAUACACGCUGUACAAGACUGGAGACGCGGCAAAAGCUGUACAGAUCGCACAGAGCUCAGGAUCGAACACUUCAGACCGAAAGACACAGCACAUCCUUGCCCAGGCUGCAUACCGGUCAGAGAACUUCGCACAAGCAGCAAAGGUCUACAAGGAGCUCGCAAACCACCACGUCGAACACGAAGCCUUCGACAUCAACAUUAACUCGGGAGCCGUGGACGCUCAAUUGGAGUGGACGGGCCAAGGCGAGCUGGCGCAAAAGAAGAAGCCCACCAGGGAAGAUCUUGAGGCGUUCGAGACAGCAUUCAACGCGGCAUGUGGAAGCAUCUCGAGAGGCGAACUGGCGCAGGGAGAGGUGUGCCUGAAGAGGGCCAAGGACCUGUGCAACGCCGUGUCAGACUUCAGUGAAGAGGAGAAGAAGGCCGAGAUCCUGCCCAUUACUGUGCAGCAGGUCUUCGUGCUGACACAGAUGGGCAAGCUUGACGAGGCAGAACAGCUGGCUACCACCAUUCCAUUUGCCGACAUCAAGGAUCUGUCCGUCCGCUACAUCGCACAAGUCAACAGCAUCGCCGCAUCGAAAGAGCACUCGAACCCAUACCUGUCACACCGUCUGUUUCACUCAUCGCCGAAACCGCCCGUUACGAACCAGCACUUUUCGUUCCAAGCAAACAUCCUUCAACAGGACGAAUACGUUAUUUCGCUCCUAUCGCAGAAGAAUGCCGGUGUUGCAUCGACCACUGAGAAGGUUAUUGCAGCAUCGUCAGCCCCAUCUCUAUCGCCAGCCGUCAACAUGGCCGGUGUCAUCAAUGCCGCCGCUCACACACGCAACGCCGAAACUGAGAAGGCAGCUCUGAAGGAGAUCCUACCCUUGUUGGAGAAGAGGCCCAACGACGUCGGCCUGAUCCUGACAAUUGCGCAUCUCUACAUCAUUACCAACAACUAUGCCGCGGCCACUCACCUUCUGGAAUCGUUUUUCAGGCGUCUUGAGCAGAGCGGCUCUGCAUCCGACCUCGAUGUGCGAUUUGCACCUGGCCUGAUCGCCUCGCUUGUUUCGCUAUACGCACAGCAAGGGCGUCCGGGGGCAGCAAAGUCUGAACUCGCGAAAGCAGCAGAGUACUGGAGAAAGCCGCACAAGUCCAAGACAGAGGCCCCCUCCAAGUCCCUUAUGGUUGCAGCCGGCACCGCACUUCUUGACACCCACAGCCCCGAAAACGCAAAGGCAGCUGGUGCCAUCUUUCAAAGUCUUCACGAGCAGGACGAUGAAGACCGCGCCGCCAUUGCCGGACUAAUCGCCGCGCAAAGCAUCUACGACCCCUCCGCUAUCCCCGCAGACCUUCUUGCCUACCUCCCUGAAGCCAAUCGCCUGGUCGCUGACAUCGAUGCCGCUGCUCUUGAGUCCGCAGGUGUCCCCGUCGGCACCCUCACAACUACAAACCUCGCCGCCGAGGCCCGCAAGCGCAGCACCGCACCCACAAAAACCAUUGCACCGCGAUCGAAGCGGUUACGCAAGGCACGCAUGCCCAAGGACUUCGAUCCGAACAAGAAGAUCGACGCCGAGAGAUGGCUGCCGAUGCGCGAUCGCACGUACUACCGUCCAAAGGGCAAGAAAGGGAAGAAGAGGGCCGAGGGACUCACCCAGGGCGGGCCGGUCGCAGAGGAGAAGAAGGCCGAUGCUGGCGUUAAGAAGGACCAAGGGAAGGCGAAGAAGAAGGGCAAGGGCAAGAAGUAG